GUCAGCACGCGCUUAAGCCUGCCCGAAAAUGUUCUCCCGUGUUGUUGGAUUUCGAAGGAGCGCAGGACUUUUCGGUGAAAUAAUACAUUUUUACCCGUGAGAAAAACAAAAACAAGCCGCAUGUUUUUCAACUGAAGUUCUUCGCAGUCCCAUUUUUUGGUGAAACUGUGAUUUUGGGCGACUCCAAGGGGAAGUUUGUGUGAUCGUUUUUCCCGGAGUGAUGUCGAAUCCUGGGAGUCGGAGGAACGGGUCCAGCAUCAAAAUCCGACUGACAGUAUUAUGUGCCAAGAACCUUGCAAAGAAAGACUUCUUUCGCUUACCAGAUCCAUUUGCCAAGGUUGUGGUGGACGGAUCAGGUCAAUGCCACUCCACAGACACAGUCAAGAGCACACUGGACCCCAAAUGGAAUCAGCACUACGACCUCUACAUUGGAAAGACAGACUCCAUCACCAUAAGUAUAUGGAACCACAAAAAGAUCCACAAACGACAGGGAGCAGGUUUUCUCGGUUGCAUACGACUGCUUUCCAAUGCCAUCAGCAGACUAAAAGACACAGGAUACCAGCGUCUAGAUCUAUGUAAGCUGAACCCGUCUGACAGCGAUGCAGUGCGGGGGCAAAUUGUUGUAAGCUUACAGACACGAGACCGCAUUGGCAGCGGAGGCCCUGUAGUGGACUGUAGAGGACUGUUGGAAAAUGAUGGCCCUGUGUUUGAAGGAUGCUUCAGUGAAGAGCCGCUGCCCUACUCUGACUCCACUGGUGCUGCCGGGGGCGGGAACUGCCGGCUCGACUCACCCAGUCAGGACAGCCGUCUUCCGACGCAGCGAAUCAGAGGGCAGGACUCCAGAGGUCAUGGCCACACUCCUCAAAACAGACCUCAUGGGCACCAACCACCUGAUCUGCCAGAAGGAUAUGAGCAGCGAACAACGGUGCAGGGGCAGGUGUACUUCCUUCACACACAGACGGGCGUCAGCACCUGGCAUGACCCCCGGAUACCACGGGACCUGGCCAGUGUGAGCUGUGAAGAACUUGGUCCGUUGCCAGUGGGCUGGGAGGUCCGAAGCACCGUGUCCGGGCGAAUCUAUUUUGUGGACCACAACAACCGAACCACACAGUUCACAGACCCGCGCCUACACACCAUUAUCAGCCAGCAGUCCCAAGCGAAGGAAUCCUCUCAGGCCCCCCAGAUGGACGUGGGGGGCGAGGAGGGGGGAGGUGGAGGAGUCAGCGGUGGAGGAGGAGAAGGAGAUGUUUCUGCCCGCUAUGAGAGAGACUUGGUGCAUAAGUUGAAGCUGCUUCGCCAUGAACUGUCACUGCAGCAGCCUCAAGCGGGACACUGUCGCAUAGAAGUGUCCCGAGAGGAGAUCUUUGAGGAGUCGUAUCGACAGAUAAUGAAGAUGAGACCCAAAGAUCUGAAGAAACGCCUGAUGGUGAAGUUCAGGGGAGAAGAGGGCCUGGAUUAUGGCGGGGUGGCCAGGGAAUGGCUGUAUCUGCUGUGUCAUGAAAUGUUGAACCCCUACUACGGCCUGUUCCAGUACUCUACAGACAAUAUCUACACACUACAGAUAAACCCAGACUCCUCCAUCAAUCCUGACCACCUGUCAUAUUUUCACUUUGUGGGACGUGUGAUGGGCUUGGCAGUUUUCCACGGUCACUACAUCAACGGGAGCUUCACUCUGCCUUUUUACAAACAGCUGCUAGGCAAACCCAUUCAGCUCAAUGACCUGGAGACCACCGACCCUGAAUUACAUAAGAGCCUCGUCUGGAUAUUAGAGAACGACAUCACCUCAGUCCUCGACCACACGUUCUGUGUGGAGCACAAUGCCUUUGGGAAGUUCUUACAACAUGAACUCAAACCUAAUGGCCGCAAUAUCUCUGUCACUGAAGAGAAUAAGAAGGAAUACGUAAGACUUUAUGUGAACUGGAGGUUUAUGCGUGGAAUUGAGGCCCAGUUUCUUGCCCUACAAAAAGGAUUCAGUGAGCUCAUCCCACAGCACCUACUCAAACCUUUCGACCAUAAAGAACUUGAGCUGAUCAUUGGUGGACUAGGAAAGAUAGAUCUUGCAGACUGGAAGACCAACACCCGUCUGAAACACUGCACAAGUGAAAGUAACGUGGUGCGGUGGUUCUGGCAGGCAGUGGAGGCCUUCAGUGAAGAAAGGAGAGGACGCCUCCUGCAGUUUGUCACAGGCUCCACAAGGGUCCCACUACAAGGGUUCAAAGCGCUGCAGGGCUCUACAGGUUCUGCAGGACCAAGGCUCUUCACCAUCCACUUGAUAGACGCCAACACAGACAACCUACCCAAGGCUCACACAUGUUUCAACAGGAUAGACAUCCCUCCCUACGAGUCUUACGAGAAACUUUACGAGAAACUGCUGACGGCCGUGGAGGAGACCUGCGGCUUUGCUGUGGAGUGAAUCUACAACCAAAGCCGACAUACACAUAAUCACAUUUGCGCUAGCACUUGCACACAACUAUUUCACAUUUUAGAUAUAUGCAUACACACAAACAGAAUAUCAAGUAUACGCAGAGUAUACAAAGCAUCCAAGCAACAACACACAUAAGUCUCUUGCCACCUCUUCACCACUGAACUGUUCUGGGUUAAAGGAGGAAGCCCGGCAGGAGAUGAAAAGAAAAAAAAAAGGAUUUUAAAUUUUUUCAAAGGUUUUAAGAAGGAUUUUUUUAUCCUUUCUCCAAGCUAUGAUGUCAUUCUUCCGAAUGUCUGACCCCACAGGAAAUUUGACUCCAGUCGCACUCAAGUCCUCGAAUGGAGUCAGUAAAUCACGUAUGAGCCUGUGAACAGAGACGUUGAAAUCAGAUUUGUAAUGAACAAGGCAGAGAUUGUCUGUCUUUCUGUCUGACAAACUGAUUGAUUAGUGAGAUUCAUGCUUCAUGUUUAACCACUGUUGUAUGUCAGAAUGUGUGCAUGUUUGUGUGCGUGUGCAUGUGAGUUUGUGAGAGAAUGAGAAUUGUUUGAGUGUGUGUAUGUUUGUUUGUGUGUGUGUGUGUGUGUGUGUCAGGCAUGGCACUCCGUUACGCUGUAAAAAUGAUCAAAUGAGCCUGCUCCUCUGUUUGGUAUCUUUAUUGUGUCUUCUGUUUGUAUCUGCGACCACUCUGAUCCACUCUGAUAUUUUAUUAUUUAUUACUAAGUGAUUACUGACCAAGCUGCUAUCCGCUCUACACAGAGCCCACACUAAUCUCUUCAUCGGCCCCUCUACCAGAGUUGAAGGGUUGAUCCACGUGCGACUCUCAGAGUGGGUUUUAAUGAAUUUUGUUACAUUUUUAACAUUCACAUUUCUGCUGAGAAAUGCUCUCCUCAGUGUAUGAAAACUGUCAGUGUGUCGGUGUUUUAAAUGCCAUGUUACGUUUAUUGAAGUGAAAGGGAAACGACUUUCCCCAGCCCCAGUUUUAACAUCUAACUGUACUGACUAAUUGAGAAGUUCGUGGGCAUGACCUGGAUAUUUUUUUUCAGAAUGAGCCAGCCAACUUCAAGAAGUCCGCUUCAGGAAUUCUUUGGUUACACAUGACAUGUAUAAUAAAAUUUCAUAAGCCUUUUUAUACAUGUUUCAGAAACCAUUUCAUCAUCUUACUUUUUAUUCUUCGUGGCCCCGAUGUGUCUGUGCCCAUCUUUCUUCCCCAGAGGCCGAAUGUUAGGCAUAGCAGUCGUCAUCCUCAAGACUACAACAAAUGAGUCCCUUAACAGUCAUUAUUGCUCCAUAGAAGUGAAUGAAAUCAAAAGCCUAAAUGUUGAGCGGUCAACGUUGGAAAAUGUUUGGAUCUGUUGUAGAUUGAAGACUGUUACGCAGCAUCAUUUCAAUCUGCAUUCUAGGGUCUGAGUUCACUGUGUAAUGGAUGCAAAAGUAUUGUAACUUACUAUGUACUAAACAUUUAUGAACAAAUACCAUGUAAAUAAGAUUAUAUUAAAAGAAAUUAAAUUGAAAAUACAUUCCUUGUA